UCGGGCAAAGGCUGUCAGCCCGGCCCUCAGCUCCUGAACCCCACAGGCUGCCCCCGGCUCCCUCAGGGAAAGCCCCCUGUGGGGAGGGCUAGCGUCUGGCCAUGUCCCUGCACCUGUGGGUGGUCACUCGGCUGGCCUGGGCCUGAGGGAAAAACAGGGGAGUCAGAACCAAACUGAAAAACCGGGAUGCUGCACUGGUGCUGCACCCUGCUGGGAAAUAUGCCCCAGAGCCGCUCCCUACUGAGGAGCCGUCCCACAGACCAAUUGAGAAGCCCAGGGUUCUGCUGGCAUUGCCCAUGGCGACCUGCUAGCUGGCACUGUCAGUGUGUGCGGGGCUGGGGCCCCUCUGUGAGUUUCGGCAGCGGCGUGGCUGAUCCAUAGGCCUGGCUCCGAGCAGUUCCGCUCACCAGGCCCCUUUGUCUUUCAGGGCAGCGAUCCCACUCUUGGAUCCCGACACCGGGCUCUUGGUGGUGGCUGGAAAGGGUGAAAAUCUCUUCUACUGCUUUGAAGUGUGCCCCUCGCUGCCAGCCCUGACACAGGUGACCCAGUGUCUGACAGAGGGCAAGGCCAAGGGUGCCGCCCUGGUGCCAAAGCGGGCGCUGGACGUCAUGUCCUGCGAGGUGCUCAGAGUCCUGCAGCUGACGGACAGCUUCAUUGUUCCCAUCAGCUACACGGUGCCCCGCAAGUCCUUGCAGGAGUUCCACGAAGAUCUGUUCCCGGACUCCACUGGGCCCGUCCCUGCGGUGUCAGCGCAGGGCUGGUGGGCAGGAGACAACAAACAGGUGGAGAAGAUGAGCCUGAACCCUGCCCGCAGGCCCCGGGAGACCUUCACCUCCUGCCUGUGUCCCCCUGCCCGGUGUGAGGAGCCUGCACCACCCGCCGCCCAGCAGCCCGCCGCCCGCUCUGGGGACGUGGACAGGAGCGAGGGCAGCGGCCUCUCGUCUCCCCCCAGCUCCCUGAGCUCUCCCUCCAGCUCAGCCCCAUCUCUCUCCACCACCAGCCCCAGUCCCAGUCAGAAGUCCCUGCAGAGCAUUCUGGGGCCCAGCUCCAAGUUCCGUCACACCCUGGGUACGGUGCUGCCCCGCGGCACCCACAUCACCAACCUCAAGGGGCUGAACCUUACCACACCGGGAGAGAGCGAUGGCGUCUGCGCCAACCGGCUGCGCGUCGCCGUCCCGCUGCUGUCAGCAGGCGGGCAGAUCGCCGUGCUGGAGCUCUCCAAGCCGGGCCGGCUCCCCGACACAUCCGUGCCCACCAUCGAGAAUGGGACGCCGGUCGCAGACUUCUGCUGGGACCCCUUCGACCUGCAGCGCCUCGCAGUCGCGGGCGACGAUGCCAAGAUCCGCCUGUGGCGAAUACCCCCCGGAGGGCUGCAGGAGACGCUGCUGGAGCCUGAGGCCGUGCUCAGAGGUCACACGGAGAAGAUCUACUCCCUCAAAUUCCACCCCCUGGCUGCAGACAUACUGGCUUCCUCCUCCUACGACAUGAGCGUGCGGAUCUGGGACCUGCAGGCAGGCAGGGAGGAGCUGUGCCUGAGGGGGCACCGAGACCAGAUCUUCAGCCUGGCUUGGAGUCCGGAUGGCCGGAAGCUGGCCACAGUCAGCAAGGAUGGCAGAUUGCGGGUCUAUGUGCCGCGCCAGUCCCUGGAGCCCGAGCAGGAAGGCCCCGGCCCCGAGGGCGGGCGAGGUGCGCGGCUGGUCUGGGUCUGUGGUGGCCGCUACCUGCUGGUGUCUGGCUUCGACAGCCGCAGCGAGCGCCAGCUGUAUCUGUCUGACGCAGCGUCCCUGGCAGCCGGGCCCCUGGCGGUGGUGAGCAUCGACACGGCUCCCUCCACCCUCAUCCCCUUCUACGACCCAGACACCAGUGUGGUCUUCCUCACGGGCAAGGGUGACACGAGAGUCUUUGUCUACGAGCUGGUCUCCGAGGCACCCUUCUUCCUGGAGUGCAACAGCUUCGCCUCCAGCGACCCUCACAAGGGCUUCGUGUUCCUGCCCAAGACGGAAUGCGAUGUGCGAGAGGUGGAGUUUGCCAGGGCUCUGCGCUUGAGGCAGAGCUCCAUCGAGCCGGUUGCCUUCAGGGUCCCCCGAGUCAAGAAGGACUAUUUCCAGGACGACAUCUACCCAGCCACCGCAGUAUGCUGGGAGCCGGCCCUCCGUGCCGCGGCCUGGCGCGCAGGAACUGAUGGGCAGCACCGCACCAUCAGCCUGCAGCCCCGGGACAUGACGCCAGUGAGCGCGGCCCCACAGGAUGUGCCGACCCGGAAGUAUGUCCCAGCCUCGGUCUACCUGGAGGAGAAGUCUGAUGAGCAGAAGAAGGAGGAGCUGCUGAGCGCAAUGGUGGCCAAGUUGGGUAACCGGGACGACCCCCUGCCGCAGGAAUCCUUCGAAGGGGUGGAUGAAGCGGAAUGGGACUAGCCCUGGAAGGGCGACUCCUGUCUCCUGGGACCGCAAUCUCCUCCGUGCCAAUGAUGCUGGCUCCCUGCCUGGCCUUCGCAGCCCCCACGCUGAGGCCUUGCUUUUCGCUGGACUGUGCCCACACCUCAGGGCUUCGCCGCUCCCCAAUCCAGCCCCGAUCUCCCUGGAGGGGCUUAGGCCCAGCCCCGGCCCUUUCCCAAAGAGCCCGGGAAGCCAGCUCUGUGCCGGGCUCUGCCUUGUUACCUAAGGUCUAACGGACUGAGUGAGCCAGAUCCUGCCAGCUUUGCCAGGCUGCACCCUCCUCUCCAUGUGGGAUCUGGCAGGGCUACGGACGCUCCGCUGUGCUGCCAGGCCGGGGCUGGCCAUGCUGCCCGCGGCUUUGGCCAGGAGUUUAUACCCUCGGCCCGUGGGACCAGCAGGCUCCUCCGGGCACCUCAAACCACCCACCCUCGGGCAGAGCUGCUCGCCGGUUGGCUGACAUUCAUGUUGUGCUUGGGCCCCAGCCAAUGGCAUGGUGGUGGUAACCACCGUGGGCAGGGACAGAGCCACCCAGGGGCUGCAAGGCUGGGGAAGGAGAGGGCCGUGGGGAGCUGGGGGUGCCACUGUGGGGUCUGGGCCUCCCAGCCUGGCCUUUCAUAGCCGCCAACCCUUCCUGUUCUGUCAACACAAUCUCUUCAGCCCGACUGAGCACAGCUCCCAAGCAAGGGCACAGCCUGCAGCGCCUCCUUCAGGCCAGCCCUGCUCACAACGCACGGGGUUUUAGGGGUCUGACACCCAGGGCAGCAGGUGCCUUGAACACCUCCACAAGUCUACCCCGGAGCGCUUGCACGUGCCUCAUGCUGCUGAAUCGGGGUCUUCUUUCAGGCUGCGGGGAGCAAGAGCCGGAGGCUGGAAUGACCGCGGCACAACGUACACCAAGUGCCUUCUCU